AUGUUGAUUCCUCUGGUGUUCCCCGAGAGAGUUGUAGAAAUGAAAGAGUCCAUUGACAAGACUGGCGCUGGUACAGCUAAGGACAUAAUAUGUUCUUUGAAGGAUAAUGAAAUAGAUCUGGACAUGCUUUCUUUUCAGACUUACGAUUUUACAGCGUCACUGUCUGGGAGACUGAAUGGUGCAGAAAAAGUCUUGCAGGACAUUCUCAAGCGACCAAUUCCCUAUAUUCCUUGCCAGGGUCAUCGAUCUAACAAAUUUAACGACCAUUGUUACAUCCAUGUACGAUGGACUGGAAGAUAUUUAUGUGUUCUUCAGUAAGAGCACAAAGCAAAAUAAGGCAAUGAAAGAUGCCACAAAGGAAAUUGAAAAUGCGAGUUGAGGAACUUAUCGAAGACCAGAUGGGUUUACUGUUCUGAGUCUAUUGAUGCUGUUUGGAGGAGUUAUGAGCAAAUCCCAGGAGCAAUUGAUGCCGCUAUUUCACGCGAUAACAUGGAAGGCAAAAUUAGGACAGAAGCUCCCGGGAUCAAGACGAAAUUGCUAAGUUUUGACUUUGUCUUCGUUCUAAUGUUUAUGAGGCUUGUCAUGAAGAAGACAAAGAUUGUGACGAAGCAAUUGCAAGAAGAACAGCUCAAUAUUCUAGACAUGCUGAAUUUGAUCGAUUGUACAAUACAAAAUUUGAAAAGUAUUCCAAGUGAUACUUCUGCAAUGGACGCGGAACUCGAUGCGAUCGUUGAGGUUGGAAAUAAAGUCAAUAUCGACGCAAUUGGCCAGUAUCAACUUCACCAUAGACCAAGGAGACCUCCACGACGAAUCGCUGAAGAUCCGGAAGCAAGCACGCAUAUGUCAUUCAAAGAAUUCUACCGAAAAGAGAUGUGUGCAGUGCUCAACUCUUUGAUUACCGAAUAUGAUGACAAUAUGAAAGUCUGCUUAAACAAAAUAAAGCCCUUAGCAGAUGGUCUCCAACCUCCAUUAAACAAACAGAGUGAUGAAACAGUCAAAGCAAUGUGCAGCAUUUCCAAUGUGCGCUUAAUGGGUUAACUGGCCUAUCUGCCCAUGUGUCUGGUUAACCCAUUGAGUGGCGAUGCACGCUGAUGACCCUACUUUAGUAUUUUACUCUGUCUAACGCCAGACGAUUUUACUCUGUCUAACGCCAGAUGAUUUUACUCGUCAAGGGGAGAGCGCUGGCGCUUAAUGUGUUAACUGGCCUAUCUGCCCAUGUGUCUAGUUAACUUGCCUAUCUGCCCAUGUGUCUAGUUAACCCAUUGAGUGGCGAUGCACCCUACUUUAGUAUUUUACUCCAUCUAACGCCAGACGAUUUUACUCUGUCUAACGCCAGACGAUUUUACUCUGUCUAACGCCAGACGAUUUUACUCUGUCUAACGCCAGACGAUUUUACUCUGUCUAACGCCAGACGAUUUUACUCUGUCUAACGCCAGACGAUUUUACUCUGUCUAACGCCAGACGAUUUUACUCUGUCUAAUGCCAGACGAUUUUACUCUGUAUAACGCCAGACGAUUUUACUCGUCAAGGGGAGAACGCUGGCACUUAAUGGGUUAACUGGCCUAUCUGCCCAUGUGUCUAGUUAACCCAUUGAGUGGCGAUGCACCCUGAUGCACCCUACUUUAGUAUUUUACUCUGUCUAAUGCCAGACAAUUUUACUCUGUCCAACGCCAGACAAUUUUACUCUGUCUAACGCCAGACAAUUUUACUCUGUCUAACGCCAGACGAUUUUACUCGCCAAGGGGACAGCGCUGGCUCUUAAUGGGUUAACGGGCCUAUCUGCCCAUGUGUCUAGUUUACUGGCCCAUCUGCCUAGUUAACCCAUUGAGUGGCGAUGCACCCUACUUUAGUAUUUUACUCUGUCUAACGCCAGCGUAUUUUACUCUGUCUAACGCCAGACGAUUUUACUCGACAAGGGGAGAGCGCUGGCGCUUAAUGGCUUAAAUAAAGAACUUUACAAGUCACUAGAAGGACAUAUUUCUCAAGCCACUGGCUCGUCAAGUCUUCAAGUGCCAUGCAAGACUUUCACCCGCCCUCUCCGUGCUUAUUUACAACAUGUAACUACUGCAUUCUUUAUAAAUACUUUGGCUAUGUUUAUUACUUGUGUGUAGUCUUUGUGUGGGCGUUUGUUUUACUCCACCUUUUCUGUGCGAACAGGUAACAAACUCUGAUUUACGUAUUCAAAAAGUAAAAUUGUAACAUUUGUUAUGAAAUAAUAAUUCAGCAUGUGCUCUAUGCGCAUAGCCAUUUAUUUCCCAAUUGCAGUUUCGCCUAUUUAAUGUCUGCUUGAUAUUUUGCCCAGAAAACGGAGCUCAUCAUGACUUGGGAAUGCCGGAAUGAGCAUGGUAUUUUGCAAGGGAAGCAAUAAAUCAGAAAUUAUUUAAUGUCUUUUUACUUAUUCUUUUGGCUGGUGAUGUGGCAAUAAAUCCUAGCCUGUGUUCUUCUUGAAACAGUGUAAUCAAGUGCUUGGCACUCAACGCGAGAUGCCUUAAGAGCAUUCAGAGAUCCAGGGACAAGAUGGACAAAACGAAUAGUGUUAACGAUCUUCUCUUCUUCCUAUGCCAACUCAAUAACACUCCUACAUGCGGUAGCAACAUACUAGAUCUGGUGAUUACAAGUGUGCCAAAUCAUGUUUGCUUGACAGAAAUUUUAUCUCUGGAACAAUCAUUGGUACAGACCGUGAUGCUAUUUCAUUCGAUUUUAUUGCUUUCAUUAAGCUUCACGGAAAUCUGUUAGCAUAGUCUAUGUGAAAGGAGAUUUAGAUGGUCUACGUACUGCUCUACAGGCAACUGAUCUAUCUUCAUUGAUAUCAGAUUCUGAUAACAAUGACAAUGAUUGGCAAUGUUAGAAGAACAUGUUUCUUUCCACAGUUUCUGCCUUUAUACCCAAGAAGAAGAUCAAAGGUCAAAAUCUGCUACCAUGGAUUAACAGUGACAUACUUCAUAUGUUCAAAAAGGACUAUUUGGCAUAAAAUAAAAGCCAACCCUACCAGUUAUGUGGAAGACAAACACAAGAGCCUUCGUUCUGAGAUCAAGAAAUUGUUGCGUGAAAGCCGUGAGAACUAUUUUGGUUCAAUUGACAAUAGCGUUAAAGAUAACCCAAAGUGAUUUAGUCCGCAUUAAAGCAAAGAUCAAAGUUUUGUAUCAUUCCUGAUCGUAUGUUCAUUCCUCCAUCACCCGCUACUGCAUUCUUGAAUCAUCCCGACCAGUCAAACCUCCCUUCCAGACCAAUUGCCACAAACCCUAACAAAAUAGCUGACUUCUUCAAUACCUACUUGGCCUCCAUAUUUACAUCCGAAAGCCUCCCUGUUCAACAUGCUAACUAGACAGAUCCAGUUUUAACUGAACACAAACUAACUGAUUUAGAGGUAGAAACGUUACUUAGCUCCCUUGAUACUAACAGAGCAACCGGAUCAGCCAAAAUCUCAGCCAGACUUCGAAAAGAAACCACCUUGGUAAUCACUCCCUCCAUCUGCAAAGUAUUCAACAAAUAAUUGCAACAAGGAAUGGUGCCACAAGAUUGGAAACUAGUGAACAUUGUUCUUGUUUAUAAGAAAGGUGACAAAGAAUACACAGAGAAUUAUAGGCCAAUUUCUCUCCUGCCAAUUCGCAACUUGAGCUAAUGCAAAGCUCAUGGUAGUUUAGUCAUCACGGCAGAAUUUUGCAUGAUGGUGGCUGUUUAUUUUGCAUAUGUGUGUGUGGUCUGAAAUUCGUGUGUAUGAAAUUUACACAAAUAAUAUUUUUGUUUAGUUCUCAAUAAAAGCUUUCCAACAUUCUGUGAGGUUUGUUUUAGUCUGUAGUCUAACAUGGGAUCUCUAAGAGUUAUUGAUUUUGAGAUAUUUAACAUGACAAUCGGCCCGAGGGAAGGCGAACAUGACUUCAAUUGGACAUGAACCAACACAAAUUUAGACUUUUCACACAUUUUAAAGGUAAGUACAUCGCUAAAAUUUGUGUAAAAUAAGUAAGACACACUUGUUCAUCACUUACAACAGGCAGUUCUGUGGUCAGGUCGUAGUUAAUAGUUCUAGAUGCAAAAGUGUUUUGACAUCAAGUCAGCUUAAAACAACACAUGCUUGAUCAAGUGUUCCAUUACAAACAAAAACAUUAAGGAUGCAUGGAAACUAUCCAUUUAAAGUAUCAGCUUCUUCAUUUUCAAAGAUUUAAACUGUUGAACAGUACUUUUAAGUACUAUUGGCUGCUGUUAAAGAAUUUACAAAAGAGAAAUAUUUGUUUGUGUAUUUAAAUUACUUGAUGAUCGCUGUCGCUGCUUGAAAUUUGUUGGCUUUGACCGCUUUUGCUUCAUGUUUUGGUGUGUUUUUUUCAAAAAAAAAGAUGGAGACUGCAAAUGAAACUGUGUUGAAAAAGAAAGGAUGAACAUGUUGUGUACCGCUUUGUAAAAGCAACAGCAUGAAAAAUCCGGAAUUCUAAUUCCACCAAUUUCCUCAGGAGUGAAGCUUAAAAGAAACAUGGCUAAAUUUAUUAGGUUACAAAAACAACCUUUAAAAAGCCACAAAGUCUGUUCACUACACUUUCCUGGUGGCAAGAAAGUAUUAAAUUUAUUACCAACUGCUCCUAUGUUAUCAUAUGGACAAACAAACAACAGCAGUGAAGGUAGAAAAUGCUCAGGUCCUAAGACAAGCAGUGAUCCAAGUACUCUUCUUGAAACAACAAAUGAAAAUGAAGGAGCUACAUUUACAAAAAAGUGAAUAUGCCAAGUUAAAACAAAAAUACGACAAGUUAUCAACCAAAUACAGACAGUGUGUACUUCAAAUUGAACAUGUCAUUGCAAGUGAUGCAAAAACUUUAAAUUUUACACAAGUUUUCCAAAUUAUGCAACUUUUUAAAGUAUUCUUUGAUUAUCUACAACCAGUGUUUCGAGCGAGCUACAGCCCUAAAAUCAGGACAGCCUGGUUUUGGAGAGAACCGGGAGAGUGUGGGUUUGUUUUUAUAAAUACGAACAACUAUAUCAGUAUAUGUUUUAAUAUUAGUGAUAUUUACCAUCUUUCUAUUAAAAAAAAAAUGAACGAAACAACUGGACAGGCUCACGAAAAUUGUGACUAACUGACUUAUCAUUUAUAAUCAUUCAGUCUAAUCUUAUACUUUAUCAAGUAAUUGUAAACAUAUUUUUGUUAUAGUUGACUUCUUCGUCUUUGUCACUUUGUGUCGUAUAUUGGCACAUCAUUAAUAUAAGAUAUAAAGUACAAAAACAAGUGUGGCCUAGGUGUGGGAAGUCCAAGUGAAGUAGCACUUUGCAACGAGAAUGCAAAACAGUCAAAAUUUUCGUCAACUAAAGUGGACUUGCCAGCUUGCAAAAAUCGGGGAGAAACUUUGGCAACAAACAAAGCUUUCAAGGACAACCAACAGCAAAUAUACAGCGACAGACCAUCCUUUGAAUGAUCCUGAAGAGCAAGAGUUGUUAAAAGUUGAAGAAAGGUCAGAAAUCCUUUACUUUGUGUACUUUGUUUACGAAAAAAUGUGGGAAAAUACAAAAUAUUUCAAAUAAAAUCUAAGCCCUGUAGCGUGGACAGUGUGUAAACACGAAAACAAGGCUCAUUAAAUAUACAAAAAACUGAAUAUUAAAUCACAUCACUCAAAAUGGCACCUAAAACUGCUGAUUUGAAGACUCUUAUUGGAAAAAGAAACAAUGCCUUGCCCUUGUCAUGAUGACAAUGCCAGAAGUCAAUCUCUAAUUUGAAAGUCAAGGCUGUUGAAUUUCUCACCUGUUGACUGACAAUCUGGUGCUUGAAAAAAUAUGAACCUUUUAAUAAAUUGGCAGCUUGUAAAAUGUAUAAGCAUAAACGUAUAUGUUUAUAUGUGAAAUAUAAACCAAUUUCCAUUGACAUAGUAAAUGUGAUAAAAUUGAAUGCAUUGAUCUAAAAAUCAGUGAUCGUCCUUUGUGUCGUAAAAAUCAUGAUAGUCCUUUGUGUCGCAUUUUUCGAGGCUGUGGGCACUAUUUCCACCUCAAGUGUAACCUGCCAGACGUCAGUGCUUGUCCGAUUUGCAAAUACCCUCUCAAGUCAAAAGCAGAAAGCUUGGGCCAACGAGGCAGUCAUAAACGGUGAUUCUUCUACUUUGCUGGCAAAAUUAUAGUCGUGUAGUGACCGAUUGCCAGAAAAUUUAACUCCAAAAUCGCAGUGAAAAUGCCUUCUUUCUCAAAUGCCCGAGCCACUCAUUCCAAAUAUUUCCCGAUAUAUGCCUUCGCUUCACUUCCUUUAGAAUCAUAACACGUUUUUGACCUAUUUGAGAGUGACCUUGCAUAUGCCGUUUUUUGAAUGGGGAUAAUUUCAAAACUAAGCAAUGAAAUGCAAAUCCCAGCGACAAAUUUUUCAAAAAUUUUAUAUUUUAAAGGAUUUCAUUGAAUUAAAUCCAAAAAUUUAAAAAACCAGGCACCCCAAAGGCUUUAUUUACAACCGUGUUGAAAUACUGGCUUAGUGCCAAAAGUUAAACAAAUGCUCUGAUUGGUCAAAAACGAAAUUCACCCUUGUUGCUUGCAGGGGAGAACUUGGUAAAUUCCCUCUCCUCUUAACAAUCAAGAAAAACAUAAUUAAUUAUUUUAAACAUAUCGACCAGCUACCCGAUGACUCAAUUGCGAAACAAAGCUUUAACAUAUCCAAAGAUCUUUAUACAAACAAUAAAGAAUCAUAUUACUCAAAAGCAGUUAAUCUACUGAAACCUUACUACCCAAAUGAAUCAAAUAUUGAACUAGCUCUCUUAAACUAUGACUCUACGUCACUUGUAAACAAAAUGAAAGAAAAAUACAUCAUUCUGGAAACAUAAAAUAACGAACUCCUCAAAACUAGCAUUUCUAUCCACUUUCAAAACAGAAUACAAAGUUGAACCAUACCUAUCUCAUUAAAAAUCCAACAACAAGAACAUUUAUGGAAUUUCGAAUAAGCAACCACAAACUACAAAUUGAAUAUGGGAGAUACCAAAAUAUCCCUCAUGAAGUACACACUUGUAAACUGUGCAAUUCUGGCGAAAUAGAAGAUGAAUUUCACCCCAGUCUUGCAUGCCAAAAAUACAAUCACCUUUGAGACAACUCAGAUCCGAUUUUGAAAACAAUUAUUUGAUCUGAAUGUAACAAAUGAGAGUAAACGAAAAUUACUGUAACACACAAUGAAUUCCAACGAACCAGUAAUCAUUAAUCUGUUUUCUGAAUUUAUCACCACAUGUUUUGCUAACAGAGAAAAUAGUCUCAGAUCCAUGGAACAAAACGCAGUAAGAUAAAUAAUCUAACUACUGCAUGUAUAUACUCAUAAAAAAAUAAUAUACACUAUUAGUCAUAUAUAAUAGCCAAUCUAUUAGUGACAUUGUUAUAGAAACAUUAAUUCUUCAUGUUCUGAUGACUAUUAUAUUUAAGGGAAUAUAGGUUUGUAAAAUAUCAAAUUCUGGAAAUAAUAGCUGCACAUUUGAUGAUUUUCUUGGAGAAUAGAAUAAAAUAGAAACUUUAAUAAACUCUCCACAAAAUGCAUGGCCAGAAAUGCCGGACAUUUUCUAACCAGCGGUUUUCUUCAUAAUAUAUAUCCAUAUGUACUCCCAUUGCGAUCCCGAUUUAUCCCUAUAAGCAAGUCGGAAUACUCCAAAAGCAAUCCAACAUGGCUACAAACACAUCAAAGCGGUCGAGAAAUGUUGUUGAUUAUAAGCAACUAAACGCGCUAUCGUCUGUCGUAUUAUAUGACACUAGUACUGUGAAGAGAAAAAGAACAUGUGGCAGCUUUUACCAAGUCGAACGAAUAAUAACGAGGCGCAGAAUUUGCCAUGUAAGUUGUGUUUUCAAUUCGCUUUUAAUAUUUUAAAACUAUACCUUCAAUCUCGCUUUCAAUAUAAAUAUAAUAUACUUGUAAAGGUUUACAUUAAAUCAUAGACGUCAUGUUUGUUUUCAGGGAAAUGAAUACUUGGUGAAGUGGAAGGGAUGGUCCCUGGAAUCGUCCACAUGGGAACCUGAAGAUAAUUUAACGCCAGAUCUGUUAAGGUUUGUUUAAUAUUUAUAAUAACCCAAAUGAAUAUUGACCAAAAGUUGAGCUUAUUAAACAUUGUUAAAAUGUGAGGUCUCAUGGGUAUAAAUGAACAUGAAUGGCCUUUGACGAAGAGCUGUUGUAUGCUAAAAUAAAUUUUAAUACACUUUGUAAUAUUCAUUAAUAUCUAUAUUUGCAGAAACUAUGAGGAACCAGCAGUUGUGACAGACGAGAGGCUCCAAGUGGCAUCCCUGCAAUUUACUUGUGCUAUCACUAGUGCUCUUCGAAGCAGAAGAUCAGCACCGGUAUAUGCCAGCAUUGAUUUAGAUGUAUGGAGAUAUGUCGUGUAUAUGAAAGGAGUUACCUCUGAGCACCGUGGCCAUCAUUUAUACCAGAAGAAUGAUUUUAUUAAAUUGAAGUACCUUCCGGAUUAUUGGUGGUACCACGUGGAUAUAGAUGGAAAUGGCAUUUCAGUGGACUUCCCAUUAAAAGCCAAACCGAUAUUAUCUUGGUCACCAAAAAACUUUGUCAAGACAAAUGGUGGAAUGGUUGCGGGAAAAAGAUUUCCAAUUGAAAAAGUUUGUUUAACAGUUAUUAGGAAGUCUUGUACUGCUGAACAAAUUUGA